AUGGUGGACCCCAACGCCACGACUGGUGCGGCCACGUCCCGAACCACGUCGGUGAAGGUGCUCAAGUGCAUCAGCCCCGUGGAGCUGCAAGACGUGGUGCUGGGCCAGUACGUGGGCAACCCCGAGGGCCCCCCCGAGGCGCAGAAGGGCUACCUGGACGACCCCACGGUGCCGCCCGGCUCCACCACGCCCACCUUCGCCACCGCCGUGCUGCGCGUGGCCAACGAGCGCUGGGACGGUGUCCCGUUCGUGCUGCGCUGCGGGAAGGCGCUGAACGAGCGCAAGGCCGAGGUGCGGCUGCAGUUCCGGGAGGUGCCCGGCGACAUCUUCUCGCAGCAGUGCAAGCGCAACGAGCUGGUGGUGCGCGUGCAGCCGCGCGAGGCCGUCUACGCCAAACUCAACACCAAGAAACCGGGCAUGUUCCUGCGGCCCGAGGAGUCCGAGCUCGACCUCACCUACGGCAGCCGCUACAAGGAUGUGAAGCUGCCGGACGCCUACGAGAGGCUGCUGCUGGACGUCAUCUGCGGGAACCAAAUGCACUUUGUGCGCAGUGACGAGCUGCGCGAGGCCUGGCGCAUCUUCACCCCCCUGCUGCACCAGAUCGAGCAGCGCCGCGAGCCCCCCAUCCCCUACCCCUACGGCAGCCGGGGCCCCCCCGAGGCGGACGAGCUGCUGCGGCGGGCGGGGUUCCUGUACGAGGGCACGUACCGCUGGGUGCCGCCCCCCGGGCCCGAGCCGCGCCCCUGACCCACGGCGGGGACCCCGAAAACCCGCCGGGGCUCGGGGCUGGGGCCCCACAGACACCCCAAUGCUGCCCCAUAGAGACCCCAAUGCUGCCCCACAGACACCCCAAUCCUGCCCCACAGACACCCCAAUCCUGCCCCAUGGACACCCCAAUGCUGCCCCACACACACCCCAACCCUGCCCCAUAGACACCCCCAAUCCUGCCCCACAGACACCCCAACCCUGCCCCACAGACACCCCAACCCUGCCCCAUAGACACCCCAACCCUGCCCCAUGGACACCCCAACCCUGCCCCACUGAACCCCUCCCUCUGCCCCACAGACACCCCAAUGCUGCCCCAUGGACACCCCAAUGCUGCCCCAUAGACACCCCCAAUCCUGCCCCACAGACACCCCAACCCUGCCCCAUAGACACCCCAACCCUGCCCCAUAGACACCACAAUCCUGCCCCACAGACACCCCAAUGCUGCCCCACAGACACCCCAAUCCUGCCCCAUAGACACCCCAAUGCUGCCCCAUAGACACCCCAACCCUGCCCCACAGACACCCCAACCCUGCCCCAUGGACACCCCAAUCCUGCCCCAUGGACACCCCCAACCCUGCCCCAUAGACACCCCAACCCUGCCCCAUAGAUACACCUCCCUCUGCCCCACAGCCCCCCCAACACACUCCAGCCCCCCAAAAACACUCCAGGGCUCUGGGCUGGGGUUGGUGCCCCAUAGACACCCCAGUCAUGCCCCAUAGACACCCCCAAUCAUGCCCCAUAGACACCCCAACCCUGCCCCAUAGACACCCCCCAACCCUGCCCCAUAGACACCCCAACCCUGCCCCAUAGACACCCCCAACCCUGCCCCAUAGACACCCCAACCCUGCCCCAUAGACACCCCCAACCCUGUCCCACAGACACCCCCAAUCCUGCCCCAUUGAACCUUCCAACCCUGCCCCAUGGACACCCCCAACCCUGCCCCACGGACACCCCAACCCUGCCCCACAGCCCCCCCAACACACUCCAGCCCCCCAAAAACACUCCAGGGCUCUGGGCUGGGGUUGGUGCCCCAUAGACACCCCCAAUCAUGCCCCAUAGACACCCCAAUCCUGCCCCAUAGACACCCCCAACCCUGCCCCAUGGACACCCCAAUCCUGCCCCAUAGACACCCCAACCCUGCCCCAUAGACACCCCAAUCCUGCCCCAUAGACACCCCAACCCUGCCCCAUAGACACCCCCAACCCUGCCCCAUGGACACCCCAAUCCUGCCCCAUAGACACCCCAAUCCUGCCCCAUGGACACCCCAAUCCUGCCCCACAGACACCCCCAACCCUGCCCCAUGGACACCCCCAACCCUGCCCCAUAGACACCCCCAAUCCUGCCCCAUUGAACCUUCCAAUCCUGCCCCAUGGACACCCCAACCCUGCCCCAUAGACACACCUCCCUCUGCCCCACAGGCCCCCCAACACACUCCAGCCCCCCAAAAACACUCCAGGGCUCUGGGCUGGGGUUGGUGCCCCAUAGACACCCCAAUCAUGCCCCAUAGACACCCCAACCCUGCCCCAUAGACACCCCCAAUCCUGCCCCAUAGACACCCCAACACUGCCCCAUAGACACCCCCAACCCUGCCCCACUGAACCCCUCCCUCUGCCCCACAGCCCCCCCCCCACACUCCAGCCCCCCAAAAGCACUCCUGGGCUGGGGAC